AUGCUUAGUUUAGAUGAAAAUUCUAAGAAUGAAGGAUUUAAAUGCUUUCUAAAAACUGCAAGUGAGUAUCCCAUUGCGCAAUUAUAUUUAGGACUUUAUCAUAUUCAUUAUCAAGGAAUUAUUCAUCGAGAUUUUCAUAGUAAAAAUAUUCUCUGUGAAAAUGAAUAUGAUGUUAUAAUAAGUGAUUUAGGAAUUAGUAAAUUAUCAACUGAAUCAUCAGUUAAUGAUAAUGAAUGUUAUGGUAUUAUUCCUUAUAUUGCUCCAGAAAUUCUUCAAGGUCAAGAAUAUAAAAAAUAUACAAAAGCUUCAGAUAUAUAUAGCUUUGGUAUGAUAAUGUAG